UUAGAGCUUCUCCUAUAGGGUUCACUAAUGGCGCAGGGGGAGAAGAAGAGGAGGGGGUGGGAGGGGGUGACCUACAGAGCGUAUCUCCGGCGACCGAGUUGCUUCAAGGUCGUCGACGGCUCGCCGGUCUCCGGCGGAGGCGGCGGAGGAGGAGGAGGCGAGGGGGAGAGGAGGAUUCCGACGCCGCCGCAUCUGGUGGUGAUGGUGAAUGGGAUCGUCGGAAGCGCUGCGGAUUGGAAAUUUGCUGCGAAAAAGUUUGUGAAGAAGUACCCCGAAGAUGUUAUUGUACAUUGCAGUGAAUGUAAUUCUGCAACCCUGACUCUUGAUGGUGUUGAUAUGAUGGGAGAAAGAUUAGCAGAGGAGGUAAUAUCUGUUGUCUCAAAAAGGCCUUGGCUUCAAAAAAUUUCCUUUGUCGCACAUUCACUAGGUGGCUUGAUUGCAAGAUAUACCAUUGCAUUACUUUAUGAGAAAGGCAUCUCGAAGGAAUCUUCUGAGGAUAAUGGGGAACUUAAUACUAAUAUAUCCCAAACUCAAUCUGUGAAUCAAAACUUGAAAGGCAACAUUGCUGGAUUGGAGCCCAUGAACUUCAUCACUUUUGCGACACCACACCUUGGUACGAGGUCUCACAAGCAGAUACCGCUACUUGGUGGCAUCAAUACAUUGGAAAAGAUGGCAUUCCGGCUAUCUUGGAUUGCUCGGAAGAGCGGGAAGCAUCUCUUUCUCAAGGACGGAAAAGAUGGCAAGCCGCCUCUCCUUCUUCAAAUGGUCACUGAUUUUGGAGAUCUUCGUUUCAUGUCCGCGUUGCAAUCCUUCAAGCGCCAUGUUGCUUACUCAAAUGUGUGUGGUGAUUUCGUUGUUGGCCGGAAAACAUCUUCGAUACGUCGGCAAAACGAGCUUCCGAAGCGCCAAAAUUUUAUAAAGGAUGGCAAAUAUCCGCACAUCGUCUACGUGGAGAAGCCGAAACCUGCUACUAACCAGCCAGAUGAUUUUUCAGACGCAAUGAUUUAUCAGGCAAGAACUACAGCGGAAAUGGAAGAGGCUAUGAUCAGAGGUCUGAACCGAGUUCCGUGGGAAAGAGUCGAUGUCAGCUUCAAGAAAAGCAAGCAAAGAAUUUUCGCUCACAGCACUAUUCAGGUAAAGACGUACUUUUUGCAUUCCGAUGGCGCGGAUGUGAUCUUUCACAUGAUCGACCAUUUUCUCUUGUGAGAACUAAGGAAGCGCGCAAAUAUUACCUGACUUGAGGUGUUCAUCACAUGUUUCGAGCUUCGGAAUUUAACCGUUGGACACGAGGAGAGAGUUUUUCGCGAAGCUACCUCAGUGGUUACUCCAUCCGACGACUUCGUAGCAGCGUGCGGUAAAUAUCCUACUUAAGAUUUUUUCGUAAAUUGAUGAUUAUAAAUGUAUGUGUUAGGUUAAUAUGAGCAUAUUUUUUAUUUUUGGUAAUGUGGAGAGUGAGAGCAUAGCAGGUCUCUGCAGUGUUGUUAAGUGCUCAUUCUCCAAUCAAAUUAUGUAUAUUGCUACGAAAUAUUAUCUCUUGAAUAAGCCAAGAGUUAUAUUUAUAAUUAGGAUUAUUACUUAGGCUAAAA